AGAAAGAAAAAGAAAGAAUAUAUGGGAAAAAUGCACUAAAUUUUUGCUCCUUAAACUCUUUUUGUUGCUUCGAUUCUUUACAAACACAACGUUGUACGUUGCAACGUCACGGGCAGGUGUGUUUUUAUUUAGUGUCAGAUCUCUCUAAAACAUUCAUCGAAUCGAGCACAAGAAUGAAUUCCCAGGACGAUCAUCGACAUGAUGAGCUCCGGGAACCCAUCCUCAAUUCCGCCGCCGCAGCAGCAGCCCCUCCACCAUCACAUGCCACCAAUGAGGUAAGCUCUCGGCUAGAGAAGGUGCUGACCGAUCCAGACCUGCCGUGGCUGAAACGCUUGUUGUCGGCCUCAUGGAUAGAGAUGGGGCUGCUGUCCCGACUAGCGGCGCCGGCUGUGUUCGUGUAUAUGAUCAACAACUUCAUGUCCCUUUCCACUCGAGUGUUCGCCGGCCACCUCGGGAAUCUUGAGCUCGCCGCUGCAUCUCUCGGCAACAGCGGCAUUCAACUAUUCGCCUAUGGCCUAAUGCUGGGGAUGGGAAGCGCGGUGGAGACAUUGUGCGGCCAGGCGUAUGGGGCGCAGCGGUAUGACAUGCUAGGGAUAUACCUUCAGAGGGCGACGAUUGUGCUCGUCGUCACGGGGAUUCCCCUCACUGUCAUCUACGCCCUUGCCAAACCGAUCCUCCUCCUCCUGGGGGAGUCUGCUCCGGUGGCCUCGGCUGCAGCCAUCUUCGUCUACGGCCUCAUCCCACAGAUUUUCGGGUUUGCUGCUAACUUCCCGAUACAGAAGUUCCUGCAGGCACAGAGCAUCGUUGCCCCGAGUGCAUGUAUCUCAGCUGCCACGCUCGGGAUUCAUCUGCUGCUGAGCUGGGUAGCCGUGUACAAGCUAGGCUUGGGCCUGCUCGGAGCUUCGCUGGUUCUCAGCUUGUCAUGGUGGAUCAUAGUUGCAGCGCAAUUUGUGUACAUCGUGGCCAGCGAGCGGUGCAGGGAGACAUGGCUGGGGUUCAGCCCGCUGGCCUUCUCAGGACUGUGGGAGUUUGUGAAGCUGUCAGCGGCAUCGGCGGUGAUGCUCUGCCUGGAGACUUGGUACUUUCAAGUUCUUGUCCUGAUCGCCGGCCUGCUCCCAGAGCCAGAGCUUGCCCUUGACUCGCUAGCCGUCUGCAUGGCAAUAAUGGGACUAUUAUUUAUGGUCUCGGUUGGGUUCAACGCAGCUGCAAGUGUGAGGGUGAGCAAUGAGCUCGGGGCGGGGCACCCGCAGGCGGCUGCAUUCUCAGUGGUGGUGGUGAAUUUGGUGUCGUUCGUUGUGGCGGUGGGUGAGGCUGCGGUGGUGAUGGGGCUGAGGCAUGUCAUCAGCUAUGCAUUCACCGGCGGUGAAACAGUCGCCAAUGCCGUCUCUGAACUCUGCCCCUGGUUGGCUGUCAGCCUCGUCCUCAAUGGGGUGCAACCUGUUCUGUCCGGGGUUGCUGUUGGAUGCGGGUGGCAAAAGUUUGUUGCGUAUGUUAACGUGGGAUGCUACUACAUAGUCGGGGUUCCACUCGGUUGCCUCCUUGGCUUUAAAUUCAAUCAAGGUGCAAAGGGUAUAUGGUCCGGAAUGAUUGGUGGAACUGUGAUGCAAACUUUUAUCCUACUAUGGGUAACAUUUCGCACGGACUGGAAUCUAGAGGUGGAGAAGGCUAAGGAGAGGUUGGACAAAUGGGAAGACAACAAGGAAGAACCUCUUUUGAAGAGCUGAUGAGAAGCUAAGAUCCAUUUGAAAGGCAGAUUGGAUCUCACCUUGCAGUAAAGAGCAAUAAUAUUACCAAGUCAAGCGACUGAUAGCGAUACGAUUUAGUCUGAAUUGCCAACCUAACCAUUGGGGAAUAAUACUCCCUGACAGGGAAAAUUUUUGCCAGUGUCUCGUACAACACGUAAUAAUUUCGAGAUAAAGAGUCCAACCCGUUUUUCUUGUUGUUACCUGGAAAGUCGGCCUCGGUUCGUCCUUUGAUUGCACUUUGUAGCUGCUUAGCGUUUGCUUUCAUUUCUGAAAAUGCUGUUGAUGUUGCCCUUUCCUUC